UCGGUUAUGACGCGUCGCCCUCUUAGCCCCGCCCAUCCUCCGCUCCCUGAAGGUUUUGUAAAGCGUCACGUUGCUCUGCAGCACAGUCGGUGAAGCACUGAAGCUUGGCAUCUGUCGUCCUACAACCUCCUCUCUUCUAUUUUCUCGCACUUCCUCCCCACAAGACAGCCACCAUGACUCACCAGUUUCCCGCACUGACUCCCGCCCAGAAGAAGGAGCUGCAAGACAUUGCCCUGAGAAUCGUGGCCCCCGGCAAGGGCAUCCUCGCCGCCGAUGAGUCCACAGGCAGCAUGGCGAAACGCUUCACCCCCAUCGGUGUGGAGAACACAGAGGAGAACCGCCGGCGUUACCGCCAGCUGCUGUUCACGGCAGACGAGCGCAUCGACAGCUGCAUCGGCGGCGUCAUCUUCUUCCACGAGACACUCUACCAGAGCACCGACGAUGGCACGCCCUUCUCCAAGCUCAUCAAGGGCCGCGGCAUUGUCGUCGGCAUCAAGGUGGACAAAGGUGUUGUUCCCCUGGCUGGAACCAAUGGAGAGACUACAACUCAAGGUCUGGACGGGCUGUCAGAGCGUUGCGCUCAGUACAAAAAGGACGGCGCCGACUUUGCCAAGUGGCGCUGCGUGCUGAAGAUCAGUGAUACCACCCCAUCCGAGCUGGCCAUCUUUGAGAACGCCAACGUGCUGGCCCGCUACGCCAGCAUUUGCCAGCAGAAUGGUAUUGUUCCCAUUGUGGAGCCAGAGAUCCUCCCUGACGGAGAUCAUGACCUGAAGCGCUGCCAAUAUGUCACCGAGAAGGUUCUCGCCGCUGUGUACAAGGCUCUUUCGGACCACCACGUCUACCUGGAGGGCACUCUGCUCAAGCCCAACAUGGUCACUGCCGGACACGCCUGCCCCAGCAAGUACAGUGGCGAUGAGAUCGCUAUGGCGACCGUCACCGCCCUGCGUCGCACCGUGCCUCCUGCCGUCACUGGCGUCACCUUCCUGUCGGGCGGGCAGUCCGAGGAGGAGGCCAGUGUCAACCUCAACGCCAUCAAUACCUGCCCCCUGGCCAAACCCUGGGCGCUGACCUUCUCUUAUGGCCGCGCGCUGCAGGCCUCGGCCUUGCAGGCGUGGCGAGGGGACCUCAACAACGAGAAGGCCGCCACCGAAGAAUUCAUCAAGCGUGCCCAGGCAAACGGACUGGCCGCCAUGGGCAAGUACGAGUCCUCUGGCAGUGCCGGCGCAGCUGGACAGUCCCUCUACGUGGCCAAUCACGCCUAUUAAAAAGCAACCACGUGACCGAGUUAGGCUUCUAUCUGCUCAGCUGUUAACCCUUAACCCCUUCAUCCCCACACACUUCCUCCAUCCAUGCAUCACUGGCCUGCGCUGUCUACUGAACUUAAUUAUGACGAUUAAAAUAUUAGGUGUUUAAAAAGGAGCACACUGAAAGGGACCUGCUGUAUUUUUAUGAUCGAACAAAUCAAAACUGUUGAAAGUAUUUUGGAAGUAGGACCAAACAAACAAACAAAAGAAAUAGACUUCUUGUCUCCUUGUUUAGCAUGUGUGGGACCAAGCAAUCAUCAUGGGGACAUGGAGGAGUUUGGGAGGUGAUGGUCUGGGGAAAAAAAGAGACUCCGCUUCCAAGCUCCCACUAAUACCUUUUUUGUGUGUGUCUGUUAGCUUUAAAUUGCAGUUUUAAUGUAUCCGGUUGUGUUAAGCUGUCAAUAUUGUGUGUCAUUGCCCUCCCCCCAGAGGAUGGAGAAGAAGUUCAUGAUGGUUGGCGGGGAGUCACUCACUGCUGUAAUGGAUCAACUGUGAUGUUUGUGUUGUUAAUAUUGUUCUUGAAGCACUCGCUUUGUCAAAUAGUGAAGACAAAUAAACUAUAUUAAACAGGAAAA